AUGCACGCCAAGUUCAUCCUCACAACUCUGCUUUCCGCUGCCUCCAUCCAGGCAGCUCCGCUUCAGAAGCGGGCUGUUGUCGAUCAUGAUUCCCUAAGCCCCCUCCCCGAGGCUGUUCAGUCUGGCACACUGGGUGAACUCAUGUUGAAGUUCGAACCCCGCCUAUAUGUUUCUCACGGCUGCCAGUCCUACCCUGCCGUGGACUCAGCCGGAAACGUCAGUGGCGGACUCUCUGCAUCGGGCAGUGCCAGUGGCGCCUGCAGAGACGAGAGCAAGGGCCAGACGUACGCCCGCGCCGCUGAGUACAACGGCCGCAUCGCCAUCAUGUACGCCUGGUACAUGCCCAAGGACCACCCCGACUCCGCCUUCACCAGUGGCCACCGCCACGACUGGGAGAACGCCGUCGUCUUCGUGAACAAGGCCACCGGCGCCUUCGAGGAGGCGUUCGCUUCCGCCCACGGCAAGUACAGCAGGUCGACCUCCCCGGCCAUGGAUGGCAACCAUGUCCUGAUUGAGUACUACUUCACCUGGCCGCUGAACCACGCGACCAAGUUCACUAGCACCGUGGGACGCGACUUGCCUGUGUUGGAUUGGGCGACGAUGACGAGCGCUAUGCAGAAUGCACUCAACACGUACGAUUUUGGAUCGGCAGAGUUCCCUGCGAAGGACUCCAACUUUGUGUCUAACUUGGAUAAGGCAUCUAGCUCUUAA